AUGAAGCGCACUAAAGAAACCAAAGGGAAAAUGAAGAUAUUCUCGAAGACAGACGCAUCAUCGCAAAGUCACCAAGUUUCAAGGGUGCCUUCUCCAAUACCCUUGCCAUCGUCGUCCAGCAACACCAGAGGAGAUAUCGGGGAACAUCCCAAAGGAAACACCAAGGGCAGCAUUAAGGGAAACACCAAACAAGCUUCGGUGCCUUCCUCCACACCCUUGCCGUCGUCGUCGGCCGACCCUAGGGACGACACCAGAGUCAACCCCAAGGCGGAUAAUGAACGAGCCCCCAAAGGGAACAUCGAGGACGAUGUCAAGGGAAACACCAAGGGUGACGCUAAAGGCGACGCAGGUGCUAGUACCAUUUGGAACGGUGUUAAGAGCGUGCUGCGCAUUGCGCAGACGAGUCUGGAUAGUGUCCCUGUUCCCGGCCUCAAAAGCGCGAUCGGUGGUUUCCUUGAAGCAGUCAGCCAAUUAGAGAAAGUGGGAGCGAAUACCGAUGCGAUUCGUCAGCUCCGGGAGAACAUCGAAUUCUUCAAAGAUUCAGUAUCCGAGCCUCUCAAACACUAUGACUCUAAGAAUCCCGUUCCUCCAAGGAUUGAUGAGGCGAUUAAGGCUUUAUCGACUCGACUUGCCGAGACUACUACACUAUUGCAACCAUUUCUCGACAAAAAUUCUGUCUCCCGAUGGGCGAAUCGUGAUGACAUCGAAGGGAAUGUUCGCCAGGCCGGGGAGAAGAUACGCGAUGCUGUGAGGGCCUUCCAAGCUUCGCAAGUUGUCCAAAUCCAUUUAGGAAUCAAGGAGGUACAGAAAGGAGUGAAGGAGGUACAGGAAGAUAUCCAGAUUCAGUCUGAGCGGCUUGACAGCCUUAUCAAGGUAGCUAUCCAUCUAUGGACAUGA